AGCACUAACAUCAUCUCCACCCUGCUCAGUUGCGUUCAGAUGUUGUGCGUGUGAGCAACUUUUUCCAAGUUUGCAACAACCGAAGUUCUGUGUGAGGACACUGCUACAGGAGACCCUUUCGCUACUAGUACUUGUACUACAAUCAAUUGUGCGAAUGUCAAAUCAAACGUGAUGGAAAUCCCAAAACGGUGUAAUCUGCCCGUUACCGCAACCGCAACGCCGCCCAGCCCACGAAAGCGUUUGUUGAUAGUCGUUGCAUUGAGACCCGGAAUAAGAACACAUCGGUCGGUCAAACCAUGGUAAUUGCAAUGUGGAAAAAAAAACAACUACCAAACAGAAUGUUAUCACUGGUCGUGAAGACGCGGCGUUUGGUUGGUGCUCCAGUGCGACAAUUUCACUUUCCUGCGGCACAGUCGUAGCGUAGCUGUGUCGCGAAUCGGAAGUGCGUUAAAUCGAUGUGAGCUACUGGUGCGUGGAAGUGCAGUGAUAAUUGUCUGAAAAGGAAUGUGCUGCGCUAUUUCGCAAGGGAUCAACAAUCGCGAUCGUACGCGCCCGUGUGAGGUUACUACUGGUGCUGGAUGCUUGAAGUGAACUGUGCGUGAGUGAGCGAGAAAAGGCGGGCAAUUGUUUAGAGAUCGCUCGUAAAGUAAUUGCUCGAUCAAAACAUCGUCGAUCGAUCAUUAUCGAUGAGUAUGACAGAUACUACCCGUACUAGCGCACUAACACUCACACCCAUCGAUGAAAUGUCAGCGGAUAAUACAAACGAACGACGCUUGAUCGAGAUGACGACUGCGGACGAUCGGACCGGAGAUAGACCGGACGCCAAAAAUCACGAAAUCGAAAUGAGUUCGCUGGAAGCGUUCGACCAGCACUACGAGGCGGAGGAUGGUGCGCGCAGUUUGUCCGAGGUGGACGGUAGACGCAAGACACGCUCCAGCCAGACCCAAUCGUACGACAUACACAAAGGAAUAGCUGCUAGUGCCAUGGACAUUUCACUCCUGACAGCGAACGCUAACCAGCUGCGUCUGCUGCUGUCGUACAACGAGAAAUCGCGCACAUUCUACGCUUGUAUAGCGCUGAUCAUUUCCUCGCUGGUGUUACAAAUCUGUGUGGCAAGCGGUGUUAUCAUAGUGAAGAGCUAUCCACGGUCCAAGCAGAGCCGUCGGAUACAUCAGCUUAAAGUGUGCACCUCCAUCAUGGUAUCGAUCGUCACCGUGAUAAACAUCCUGGUGGCUUCGCUUGUUAUCACCAACCAGUAGUACGCAUCGACUCAACUCGAGCAAAAAUGGUUAAGCCGUUGUGAACGACUUAACCACACCGUACUAGAACUCUAGAAGCGUUCUAGCCGCUACUGCUUAAUGUGAUUCAUUUCCACGCUAGCUAUAAGGUCACUUCCUUUACCCGAUAAUGAACGCGCUUUUGCACGCACGCGUAACGUUGUACCGAUUUGACCACCAAUCCGCGGUACGGUACGAUGCGGUCGAUUCAUUCCACAUUCGGAACCUCGCCGGUAAACCACGUCCGCAGCGAUGACCAGCGCCACAAUUUACAGAACGAAGCAUAACGAUAACGCUUCGACUAGCCAUCAGCUCGAAGAUGGAAAUCCAUCCGGGUCAUCCCGCGCGGUAUCGGAAGAAUCCACGUACGAUAGUGCCGCGUCCGAGUACUAUCUCGCCCUCAGCUACAAUGGGUACGAUUUCUUCCGGUGCGUCGUAGAGAUUGCGCUCAGUGUGUCCUUCCUGGCGGCGAACAGCAAUCUGCUCCGGUUGCUGGUAAGCUUUAAGGAGACGGAAACGUUCAUAGCGAGCGAAGUGCUGGUAACCGUCUCGAUCGUACUGCAGAUUUUGGUAGCCAUUUCUAUCGUAACGAUCACGCAAGUUAAUGAUCCAACUCGAUACGCAAAGAUGAAAGCGUUUGCCGUGACGGGUGCGAUCAUCAUAUCGCUCGUAAACCUUUUGAUUCCCUUCAUGAUCAAUGUGGAACACUCGCGCAUCGAUUUCGGCGAGCUGUACCGAAGUUAUGGCGCGCAGCCAGGACACAAGUAGUUAAUUUUUAGCUGGACUAAGAUCGUGUUUUUUUUUUAAAUAAAACUUAAGACAUUAUUUUUUAAACAUCUUAUCUAA